AUGUCGCUGCCGUGCGGUGCAAGAAGUUCGGGCAAGAUCUUUUGCAUGCACAAAGCGCCCAGUGUUGAUUUUUCCGACAUGAGUGUGUUCUACGCAGAAGAGGGAGCCGUUUGCUCUGCUACGCUGAUGUCGGAGCCGGCCUUGUCCCCUGCAGGGCAUGUGAUGCAAGUGGCCCGUGACGGGCAAGGCAAUCUGCUGCGGCUGAUGUUUCACGGGCAGCUGCCCAUGCACGGGGAAGCUAAUGAUAUGCUGGCGGAGUUGGCGCGGGCCAAGUUCUCAAGAGGGACGAAAGUCAGCAUCAUGGAGCCUCUGCUCCAGAUCAGCCCAGAGGGGCUCCUGGGCAUCGAGAUCGGCCCCGGGGAGGCGCGGCUGUCCGGCCCGGGUCCGGGACUCGCCGAUGCUCGAAGUCUCGGCAACAAGGCUGUGACAUCUCAGCUGUAUGCCCUCGCCGCCGAGUUCUAUUGCCUCGGGCUUCAGAGCCCUGAGACUGAAACUCUUGCCACUUUACUUUCGAAUCGCUGCCAGGCGCUUCUAAAGAUGCGAGACUACGACGCCGCCGUGGCAGAUGCAGCUUUGGCCCUACAGCUUCGAGUGCACGAUGCCAAGGCCUGGUCUCGUUACGUUAUGGCUGCCGGAGGCCUCGCCGCUCUGUCUGUGGCCGGCCGAGCCGAGGAAUUCUCCGCCGGCCCGGAAAAGGCGGAGCUCACCGAGGUGCUGGUGGAGGAUUGGAGACUCGUCACAUGUCGGGCUGCUUCCUGUUCCACAGCCUUCGCUGCCGCAGGUCCGGGUGCCGUUCCAGCGGCUCCCAAUGCAGUGGCCGCAAAGCGAGCAAUUGAAGUCGCCAAGGAGGCCGCGAAUGCCGAGUACAACAAGCAGAACUACAGCGCGGCCGUAGAAGGUUACACGAAGGCGACGGCCUCUGAUCCUUGCCUGGCCGAUGUGGCGGCAAUCUUCAGCAAUCUGGCGCACUGCAGGCUCUGCUUGGGCCAGCCGCACUGUGCUAUUGCUUCAGCGGUCUCCUGCCUUCGGCUCAGACCCUCAUGGGCAGUUGCCGUCAAGGCCGUCCAUCGACUGGCCGCUGCAUUAGCCAGCACAGGCGAGCACGAUGCAGCUCGGCAAGUGAUCCGUGCGUUUGACAGCGCAGUGGUUGACGAUGUACCGGAGACGGUUCGGAAGUCGUGCGCAGACCUUUGCAGCAAGCUGGACCGACAUGCAGAGACGCUUGCCGAGCUGACGGCAAGCCAAGGCAAGCCAGGCCUCUGGGAAAGCCUGCUGGAGGGCCUUCUGCCCGGAAGUGAGUGGUGUUCCGGGGUUUUGGAAGCAAGCGGCGGCCGACUGCGUGUUAGGAGCCCCACUCCUCGAGGGAGCCUGGUUUUGCUCCUUAGGCCGCUGGGUGGCCUUGCAGAGGGAAGCGACAGCUGGAGCCAGGGAGAGCUGGCGAGACGCCGGAUUCGCUCCGAUGGCUGGGGUCUGCAUGAGAGGCUCUCCGGCCUCUGCAACACGGACGUUGCAGCCAAAGAAGUUGCACUUUUGAUCACAGGGGCGCUCGGCAGGGUCGCCGAUCCACGUGAGCUGAUGCUCGGUAGUCCUCGAGCCCAGCUGCUGCCACUGCUGGGUCAGCGACUGGAGUCGUUCUUUCGAUCUUUUGGCACCUUGUCCCCCAGCCUCCUGGGCUGUCUUCUCGAGGAGCACCGCGUGACACUGCAGCUACCCAACCCUCCGGGUGCCGCGAGCUCCGGAGGCAUUUUUCCCACGCUGGCCCUGAUCCCCGAAGCCAAUGCGGAUGCAACGGCGAACUGCGAGCUGCGAUUCAAGCAAGGUGCGUUGACAGUCCUGGCAUCUGAAGAGUUGGAGCCUGGCAAAGAGCUGCGGAUCGAAACGAGAGACGAAGUGGAUGCUCUCACCUCGCAGUAUGCCGCCGGUCUCCGGGACUUUCAGGCCGCCCGAGCCGAGAUGGAGAAGCUUUCCUCGGAAGCGCACGCGCCAACGCCUGCAGCCUUGGCGGCGGUGAGGCCUUACUUCGAGGCCGAGGAUGAACAUCGCGAGCAGCUUGCUGAAGAGGAGUUGCAGGAAGAGAAGCUGCGACAGAACGUGGCCCAGGCUAAGCUUCGUUAUCACAGCGAGCUGCGAAGCCUGGAGGCCUUGAGCAAUCAGGCUCAUCUGCGACGUGCGUCCAGCGGCUAUGUUGAUGCUGUCAGUCGCACUGCCAGUGGCGCAGAGAAUCCUGCGAUGGAGAGGACGGCCUCGCAGUCGUCAGCGCGCCGCACCCCAGUCCAGACUCCGGAGCAAAGGCCCGCUGCAACCUUUGGCCGCUCCCUGCGCAAAAGCCCGCUGGAGGGCCAGAGGCAUCACAAGGAUCCAAGCGCUGGGACCACAAAGCAGCUCGAAGGAUGUUCUGGAAGAGCUGCCGAUGGCGGCGAUGCAACAGAGGGAUCAUCAAAGCCACGGGACCGAAUCGAGCCGGUGAAAGAGUUGCAGCCCAUUCGCAGAGCACAGGGUGUUUUGGAUUUCCUCGAAGCUCCGGCGAGGUACUGGUUUCUAGUGCUCUUUACCUGGCUAGUGUUUCUCUGGCGAUUUGUGGAGCUGGAGCAGUAUGCCAUCCAGUCCCCGGUCAAGGGAGUUGCAACAAUGCUGCCGUUUGCAUCCGGUCUAUCCGCAACAGAAGCCUCUGUGGCCAUGGAUGCAGACAGGAGCAAACCCUUCUGCACGCAGCCCUCAGGGUUUGGCUACACCUUCCAUGACGGAGGGCAAAGCUUCAACUACACUGACAUUCACUGCACGCACCUGUGCCACGAAGCCAGUGGAAUGGACAAGGCCUGCAUGAACGAGGCAGAGAUGAGUAUGGACUCACCAUCUGGAACAUUCAUCCCUACGUUCUUCUCGGACCUCAUGAUGCACAACUUGCACGACGUUGCAGAUCCCAGUUACUACUACGUUCCUGGCAUCGAGAGCAUGAAGCUGACCUUCAGUCACAACUACUAUGCGGUCCGCCCAGAUGACCUCAUCGCAGGGCCUAGGGAGACGCUGGUUGGCAGCAGCGACGGCGCUACAACUUCAGGUGCCCCCGUAACGACUGUGGUCAUGAACCACUCCGGCUCUAUCCUCCGUCGCUUCGAGCCCGGUGAGUUGAUCAGCCUCACGGUCGCCGAGGUGCUCAUGGCCGGCAAGGCAGAAGAGUUUGGAGAUGACGACUCCAGGCUACUGCUGGAUGGCCGCUACUACAACUUCGAAGAGAGAGUGAUGCGCGAGGAUUCGGCGAACGGCCCGCAGGGGCCACCGCUGCGGUUAACUGGUGCAGACAUCACCAUCAAGAUCUCCUACACCAACAAGGGGUACUGCCGCAUGGAGAAGGAUUCCCCCAGGCUUUGGGUGCCAAAUACUCCCAAUUCACAAGUCGCCUGCGUCACCGUCCGAGCCAAGAGGGGGUGGACGCAGAAGGAUCGCAAUGCAGUCUUCAACGAAGAUGGGGCCUUCUGGACAAGAACCUACCAUGGCCUCAAGAUCUCCUUCGAGAGCAGCGGGGUCUUCUCCUCCUUCGACUCAUUUGCACUCUUCGAGAGUCUGACCAUCCUCUUCAUAUGGCUGCAGGUUCCGUCGCUAAUCAUCUACGUCAUGGCUGCGUUCAUGCUUGGCACCCUCUCCAAGGUCUAUUCCAGUGUGAUGCACCAAGAAGGCGGUCUCAUCGGCACCACAGCAGGCAUUGCGGCGCGUCUGCUGAAUUAUAGCUCAACGUACAACGACCUGCGUGAUGACCAGGGUGUGACGAAGCAGCGAAUGUUGCGGCGCUUCAACUACAUCCUGGCGCACGAAGAAGACUUGGACGCAAACGAGCGUGAAAAGUUCGUGGAUUUCGUCUACAAAAGCAUCCUGUCAACCGGUGGCAUGGAUGCGAAGACAUCCCACUGCGACAUGCUCUCUUUCUGCACGGCCUGCGCCAGUGGUGAGCCUCUGAGCUUCGAGAUCCUGCAAGCCUUCUUCAAUCGCAAGAAGAGGGUCGGCCUUGUCGAAAGGGUCUUCCAGGAUCGAAGCAUCUCCGCCAUUCAGAGUGUCACAGAGUCUCAGCUCAACAUCAAGGAUGCAGGCGACGACGAACCCCUGAAGGAUGCGGCUGCACCAUUUGGUGGCCCUGCAAGCCAGUCGGGCAGCGGGUCUCGGCUCGGGGAAAUCUUCGCCGAAAACACCAGAAUGCAAGAGCGCUGUGCCGAAGUCACGGAGAGCUUGAAAGAGACAUUGAAAGCGGCAUCCUCCGUGACUGAAGAGGAUGCGACCACCAGACUGGAGAUCUACCGCCACGAGGUUCAGAGGAUCGGAAAAUCAACCAAGAUGUCAGCGCAGACUCUGGCGGACGGAAGCGUGUACGAAGGGGAGUGGGUUGGUCCUGUCAGGCACGGCAGAGGCGUGCUGAAGCUCCCGGACGGCUCAUCGUACUCUGGUCAGUUCGAGCAUGGUGUCGUGCAUGGCUUCGCGGCAUAUACCUUACCCACCGGUGCCAAGUACGAGGGUGAGUGGCGGCUAGGAAAGCAGGACGGAGAAGGCCGGGAGAUAACGGCGGAGGGCGCCAUCUACCAAGGCCAGUACAAAGAUGGCAAGAAGGAAGGGCAUGCCAGCAUCUCCUAUCCGGACGGCUCCAACUUCGAGGGACAGGUUUCUGACGGCAAGCUGCACGGCAAGGGCAAGUACGUGUGGAGCAAUGGCCACUGUUACGAAGGUGACUGGCAAGAUGACAUGAUGCACGGUGAUGGCGUCUACACUUGGCCAACUGGAGUGAAGUUCGUCGGGCAGUAUCAGAACAACUUGAAGCAUGGUACAGGCGUUGUACACUUUCCCGACGGCCGGAUGGUGGAGGGCACGUACGAGGCAGGCACGCGGCAAAGCACCAGCGGCUGA